UUAUUUUGAAUUCCCAGACCGGAAACGUGUUCAGCGCAGCAGCGUCUCGUCCGUCUGUCCGGAGCUGAGCGCACACCUCUGCCGGCUGCAGGCGUGCUGACAGCGGAUGCGGGCUGAACCGUAGAUCACCGUUUGUGAAACUCCGUCUUUGUCAUGUUUAAAAACCGGAUUAAUCCUCAAACUGUGUGACUGCCUUUAACCGCGAAGAUGUUGACAGACAUGAUAGUGGAGGAAGAAUUUGAGAUCAAGGAGGAGGAACCGUGGUACGACAAGCGAGACCUUGAACAUGACCUGCAGCUGGCAGCCAAGCUCGGGAAGACGCUUCUGGAGCGAAACAGGGAGCUGGAGCAAGGGCUGCAGCAGAUGUACUCCACCAACCAGGAACAACUGCAGGAGAUCGAGUAUCUGACGAAGCAGGUGGACCUUCUCAGGCAGGUCAAUGACCAGCAUGCUAAAGUGUACGAGCAGCUGGACGUGUCGGCCCGAGACCUGGAGAAGAGCAACCACAAACUGGUUCUGGACAACAGGACGGCCCAGCAGAAGAUCCAGGGGCUGACAGAAACGGUGGAGCUGCUGCAGACGCAGGUGGAGGAGCUGCAACACCAGGUGGAAGAGCUGAAGUUGAGUCCUUCUCAGCCUCAGAAGUGGCCACCUCGCAGCACUCAGAGUGUGUCCUGCCUGAAAGAGCUGCAAAACACACUCAGGUACGACUACGACCCUGACGAACCCUCAGACGGCCUUGAGUCCUCCGACAUGUCAUGGCACGAGGAGGAGCAGGCGUCACUGCGACAAUCCCUCCACACCCUCCAGACUCAGUUUGCCAGUGAGCGCGCUCAGAGGGAGGAGUUGGCGCGAGAGGCCGAGCUGCUUGCUGGUGAAAAUGCAGCGCUGGAGCAGCAGCUGGCCGGGAUGGAGGGGUGUCAGGCCAGAGUAGCUGAGCUGGAGCGCGAGGCCGAGGAGCUUCGUCAGCUCUGGAAAUCAGAGACUUCCACAAGAUCCACCAGGCCGGACGUCAUCCACAGCCUGCUGCCCAACUCGAUGUUCCUCAACCCGGAGGAGGAGAUUGAAGGGGAUGCAGCUGCAGCUAAAAGCCCCUGGGUCCUGAAGCGCUGGGACAGUGAGCGGCUGAUGAAGAUGACGCAGAUGCCCGAUUCUCCUAAUAGGAUCUACGACCACGAGUGUUCCUGCGUGCGCCGAGCCGAGGUGGUGAAGUAUCGCGGGAUCUCGCUGCUCAACGAGGUCGACGCCCAGUACAGUGCCUUGCAGGUGAAGUAUGACGAGCUGCUGCAGCGCUGCCACCUGGGGCUGCAGGAGGAAGAGCAGGAUGGCCAGAGCCACAAGUCGGUCCAGACUUUGUCCCUCGCCACCGCUUGCCCUGCUCUGACCGACAUGGAGGACUUUGAGGACGACUUUCACCAGCCAGAGUACAAGGAACUUUUUAGGGAAAUUUUCUCCCGCAUUCAGAAAACCAAAGAGGAUCUGAUUGAAAACAGAGGGAGACCCUCAGCUGGUGAAGAGCUACCUAUUUUGCAUUAGUUGCUUCCAAAAAAAGAAAGAAAAAGACCUGCUGCAAGAUUUUGUCUUCCAGUUACAGAGUGACUCUUUGGAAAGACUUUUACAGCAGCACAUGAAGCUCUACUCUUCGCUGUAUGUUUUUUGUCCAGAAAUGGUGAUCGCCAUGCAAAAGGGGUUAAGAGAUGAGAGUGACGCAGGAACAAGAAGGCCAAACACCACCAGCUCAUGUCUCAGAUGUGGCUCAUUUUGCACAGAAACACCAGUGCCUAACUCUGCCGUCUCUACUGUACAAUCACUCUACCUCACUUUGCACAACCCUGCUCACAAACAAGUUCUUGAGGAAAUCAUUUCUGGGUCUUCUUUUCAUAAGCUGUAUCGGUAACACUUUAUUUUUUACGGGUCUCAUAGUUUCCUAUAAUUUCCUAGAAAGAAAUUGACACGUUAAUGUAAAUUCACAGAAAGGUUCCUGGAAAAGACGCUGACAUAAAGAUGUAAUUUGGUACUUAAUUAUAGAGAAAAUUGAUUCAAUUAAUACACUUCCAAUAAAACUAUUUUAAUUAAUUGCUGGUGUAACCUAAAAGUAUUUUAGUCAGUGCACAGCGGGUCGGCUGAACAUGCAAAAAUGUUUCCAAGUAAAUUCCUCUGGACAACUGCUUUAGGGCUGCAACUAAUGAUCUUUUCCAUUAGUGAUUAAUCUGGCUUUAUUUUUUUUAAUAAUCAUUUAGUCUAUAAAAUGUCAGAAAAUACAACUAAAAGGGUGUCACAAGUUCACAGAGCCUAGUGACGUCUUCAAACGACUUGUUUUGUCUGAGCAACAAAACCCGAAUGUACAUUCAAUUUACUAUCAGUGAAGACUAAGAAAACCAUCAAAUAGUCGCGCUGGAGAAGCUGGAACAAGACUUAUUAUUUUGCAUUUUUGCUUAAAUAAAUGUCUUAAUUGAUUUAAUCAAUUAUCUAAAUUUCUUUUGUGUUGAUCAGCUAAUCAACUAUUUAACCAAUUAUUUCAGCUCUAAUUGCUAGUGUAACCUGAAAAGUCUUUGUCAGUGAAAUUUCAAUUGUAUAAAAUUAUGACAAUUCAAUAUAUAUAUGUGUAGAAUUAAGUGUUUUUAUUUUAAACCUGCAUUAACUACUUUUUGCCAUUUCUUCUUUUAAGUUUAUAUGGUGAACUUGUUAGCAAACAGUUGCUAAUUUAUACAUCCAGCAGUUACGGAGCAACUUUAGCAUUUAUUUGGAGUUGUGUUUCUGGCCUCAUGAUGACUAUAAGUCCAAUAUUCACUCUCUUUUAGGUCUCUAGCAACUCCUAACUGUGUCUGUCUGCUGUUUGGUGCCGAGCAGGUAGUGUACAGACUGCUGCCUGCUGCGGCUGAAAACGUCAUUAUGAGAGCAGUGACAGUGAACCAAAAGAGGUGUGAGAAAGGUGUGAGCUGGACAGCUAAACGAGCUGAAACUCACUGUAAAGCUCCAUAAAGCCGAGGGGAGCUGCAGAUUCAGGUGAUAAUUCUUGUACUGUAGGUUCAUCGCUACGAGCGACCCUUUUUACGUUGUCACAUUGCUUUCAUAUUGUCUUUUGACACAUUAUAAAAAUAUCAGUUGUAGCCGCUUUAAGUCACUGGAAAUCAGCUACUUAUAAACUCAACGAAACUUAAAUAACUUUGCCAUAACUUUGUAUCUAUUUUCCCUGUAAUUAGUCCCAAAUUUAACUGCUCUUUCCAGGAAAAUUCCUACAAAAAUUAUUACAAAAUUAUGGAUCCAUAAAAUAAAAUGUUAUUGCUGUAUCUGCUGUUUGUUUUGUUUACUGAGCUCCUAUGAUCUCAUGUGAACUUUGUAUAUAUUUUUGCAACUAUAUAUAUCUAUAAAUAACUAUCAUAUCGUGAUAGUUUUGUCUGCACCUAUAAAAGCGACUAAUGCAAAUGGUGAUUCAAGGUGCUAAAAUAUAUUAGGACUUUUGUAAUUAUAACGUUUAUUUCUCAAAAAUUAUACUUGAUUAUUGUAUGAUAGGUUAGAGGACCGUGAGUGAAUGUUAUAUUAAAGGGAAGUUCUGAGGUUUACCAAAACUCUCUAUGUACUUGAUAAUGUAACGGCCUCCUGAUAUAUUAGCCUCAUGGAGCCGUGUAUCAUUAGAAGCUUUUCUCAGCAGCAGCUCUGUUGCUUUUGUUGCCUGACGUUCAUGUGUCCUUGUUAUGCUUAAGACUGUUAGUAGAUGUCUAUAAAAUCACAUUGAGAUGCACUUUAGAAUUGCACACGCGUUAUCAAUGCUUUUCUGACACUUUACAUUUCUGUCUUCAUGUAGUUAUUAACAAGUGUGAUGUACUACCAGACCUGAGUAACCUGCAGUCUGUAUGUAUGUUCGAUGUGUUUCAUGAUUGGACCUCAUGGUUUAUGUUGUUGCUCUGAUCCAUAAAACAUGAAGCAAGCUGA